AUGAGACAUUUUCAAUACGAUUCUGUCGAAGCGAAAGCAUUUUGGAGAAGAAUGGAGCUCAUGAAACGCGUUCCAAUUACCUAUCACGGAUUUCUCAUGCACUCUCGUGGCUCUAUCCACAUACGAAAAGAAUGUCUCAGCCUUGAAACUGUCUUGAAAAGUAAAAUGAACUUGCGCUCUACCGAUCCGCGCGACAAGAUAUAUGGUAUCCUCGGCUUGCUCAGCGAGGAGGCCAGAGCCGCAAUUCCCAUUGACUACCACAAGCAGCCAGAAUGGACAUUUUUACCGACGAUGACUUACAUCAUACAGCACGAGCCAAAGGGACUAGCAUUGCUUGGUCUUCUUUGGCGAACACGCCAUUUCAAAACCCCCCUUCACUCAUGGGUCCCAGACUUCACCAUCUCGGCUGAUUUUAACGACGAACACAAUCCAGUUUUUCUGCGUGGGAGUUGUGCAAGCCACGAUUGGGAAUGGCCUGAAGGUGUCAGAGCUAGUGUUUCCUCGGAUAGAACUACGCUUUGCGCCUACAUGGCCAGUUUUGGUUGCGUCACUCAUAUUGUUUCUUUCAUUGAUGGAGACCGUGAUUACUAUGUCUCACGAUUCAAGGAGAUUGAGACCCUUCUAACUGUCCAAGCACCUAGAAGUGAGCCUCUUUGGUGCACACUUAUUGGUAUUCGCAAUACCGAUCAUGAAUUAAUAGUAACGUACCCCAGAACCUUUGAAGUAUUGAUGGGGCGUACUCCGGAGCAGGAUGGUGAGGCACAGAAGAUGUUUCAAGAUGUAAUUUUGCCUAUUGUUCGGAGGCGCAAGUUCUUUGUCACAGAUAAAGGUUUCGCAGGUGUAGCUACACCGAUGAUUCGGGAUGGUGAUACAAUUGCCAUUAUAGCGGGAAUGAGUAGGGCGACAGUACUCAGAGACACUGAUUUUAAGGAAUUAGAAACUGAGAGGAGGUUAGACGAAGGGAAGGAAUCUAAGCGGAUCACGGGUUUUGCAUAUGUGGGAUGCCAUGACAGAGAUGGAUUUGAGUCUCUAGCUAAGGAGAAAAUGGGAGAUCUGGGAAGGCAUAGUUGCAUUGCGAGAGAUCUAGAGCAGUGUCAUAUUAUCUAA